UCUUUGUUUAACUCCAGGGCUGGUCCAAGCGCCCCACCUCGGGAUCCCAAGGUGCAGACCGGUGAGCACGACUCAUGGCUCCGCUGGGCUGCGUGAGGCUGCGGUGGGCACUGCUGGGCACGCGGGUGGCUGGACGUGGCCUCUGCCCACUCGGGUGCAGAGCGAAGGCCGCAAUCCCUGCCUCUCUCCCCGCGGACGAGGCAGCCGAGGGACCUGGAGCCGGUCCCGGAGAUCCGCGGCGGCUGCGGAGCUGGGAGGAGCUUCCCAGGAUCGGACGGCUGCGCUUCUUAUUCCAGCUGUUCGGGCAAGGUUAUGCCUUGCGCCUGCACGAGCUCCAGAUGCUGACCAAGGCCAAGUAUGGUCCAAUAUGGACAUCUACCACGGGCCCUCAACUCCUAGUGAACCUGGCCAGCGCCCCACUUUUGGAGCAAGUGAUGCGGCAGGAGGACAAGUACCCCACAAGGGACUCUAUGGAGCUAUGGAAGGCACACCGGGAUCAUCAGAGUCUGCCAUACGGGCUCUUCACCACGGAAGGACAUCAGUGGUACCAGCUGCGCCAGGCUCUGAACCAGCGGAUGCUGAAACCAGCUGAGGCGGUGCUGUACACAGAUGCUUUAAAUGAGGUGAUUGAUGACUUCAUUGUUCGGCUGAACCAGAUUCGGGCAGAGAGUGCCUCGGGCGAUCAGGUGCCGGACGUGGCUCACCUCUUCUACCACUUUGCCUUGGAAGCUAUUUGCUACAUCCUGUUUGAGAAGCGCAUUGGUUGCCUGGAACCGUCCAUCCCUGAGGAUACGGUGAACUUCAUCAGAUCUGUUGGGCACAUGUUCCAGAACUCAGUCUAUGUCACCUUCCUCCCCAAGUGGACCCGUCCCCUGCUGCCCUUCUGGAGGCGAUACCUGGAUGGUUGGAACACCAUCUUCGUCUUUGGAAAAAAGUUGAUUGAUCAGAAAUUCAAAGAAGUGGAGGCCCAACUACAGGCAGCAGGACCAGAUGGGGUCCAGAUAUCCGGCUACCUACACUUCCUGCUGUCCAGUGGGCUGCUCAGCCCUCGUGAGGCCUUGGGCAGCCUGCCUGAGCUGCUCUUGGCUGGUGUGGACACGACAUCCAACACACUGGCGUGGGGCCUGUACCACCUUUCAAAGAACCCAGAGGUCCAGACAGCCUUGCACAAAGAAGUGGUGGGUGUGGCACCCCCAGGGAAGGUGCCGCAGCACAAGGACUUUGCCCACAUGCCCCUGCUCAGAGCUGUGAUUAAGGAGACCCUGCGCCUCUACCCGGUGGUCCCCACAAACUCACGAGUCAUCAUGGAAAAGGAAAUUGAAAUUGAUGGCUAUGUGUUCCCCAAGAACACCCAGUUUGUGCUGUGCCACUAUGUGGUGUCCCGGGACCCCAGCAUCUUUCACGAUCCUGAGAGCUUCCGGCCUCACCGCUGGCUGAGGGAGAACAAGGCGGAUGCUGCUAAGGCCCAACACCCAUUUGGUUCUGUGCCCUUUGGUUAUGGGGUCCGGGGCUGCCUGGGCCGCAGGAUUGCAGAGCUGGAGAUGAAGCUGCUGCUGGCAAGGCUGAUGCAGCACUACGAGGUGGUCUUGGCGCCUGAGACAGGGGAGCUGGAGGCUAUGGGCCGCAUCGUCCUGGUUCCCAAUAAGAAGGUGGCCCUGCGUUUCCUGCAGAGGCAGUACUGAGCUGGGCCCCUGCUUUCCUGGCGCUUGUCCCGGAGUCCCCAGCCCUAGCUUGGCAGUUGCUGGUCAUUGACGUGGCCCAGGUGAGGAAGAAAGGAAGACUAGACAGGCUGGUGGAACUCAGUGCCUUUCCCACAGCGCCUGAGGUUCUGCCACAUUUAGCAUUUAACAACAGAUAAAGCCACUCCUAUCAACUUGCUGUCCUUGGAUGUGACACAAAAUAAAAGUCUUCUACUAAUUA